AUGUCUGCGGUAGUCUGCGGCAAGAGGUCCUCCUCCAUCUUCGCGGACGACCUGCUGCUCCAACAGGCCUCCUCCUCCUCCCCUCCCUCCCCCCGCCACAGCCCCGCGCCCAAGCGCUCCCGCUACGCGCACCACCACCUCCGCCGGGACGGCCGGGACGCGCUCCUCAACCACCUCCGGGCCGCCUUCCCCGCCAUGGAUCCCCAGUUGCUUGAGAGGGCCCUUGAAGCGUCCGGAGAUGAUUUGGAUGAUGCAAUAAAGAGUCUGAAGGAGCUGCACCUCAUGGAGUCAAAUCAGGCUAACCUGUCGGCCGCUGGUUCCGCGUUUGAAAACGGGCCGACUGCAGUCCAGCCAUCUGUUGAAGGUAUUGUUACCAGCGGCGGUGUGGACACAGCUACUGAACACCAACCUGCCGCAGCUAGCCAGCAGCCAAGUAAUAGUGGCCCUGAAUGGGUUGAUCUUUUUGUGAGGGAGAUGUCAAAUGCUUCUGACAUGGACGAUGCGCGGGCUCGUGCAUCAAGAGCUCUGGAAGCCUUGACGAAGUCCAUCCUGGAGGGUGCAGGAGCUGAAGCAGCACAGAGCUUGCAUCAGGAAAACAUGAUGCUCAAGGAGCAGAUGACGGCCGUCCUGUCGCAGAACGCGGUCCUGAAGCGCGCGGUGGCGAUCCAGCACGAGCGGCAGAAGGAGUUUGACGAGCGGAGCCACGAGGUGCAGGGCCUGAAGCAGCUCGUCCUGCAGUACCAGGAGCAGCUGAGGACUCUCGAGAUCAACAACUACGCGCUGCAGAUGCAUCUGAAGCAGGCCCAGCAGAGCAGCUCCAUGCCCGGGCGCUAUAACCCGGACGUCUUCUAG